AAAUCAUAUUUCUUGAUUCAUUCAUAUUCACAAGCAACUUUCUUCAUUUUUCUAUAUAAGCCAUCCGAAUCUUCACUAAAAACACACACACAAAAAACCUCCCGAGAGAUAUAUCCCAAAAUGUCUCACAACAUCAACAUUUUUGCCUUUCUCCUCCUCAUUUUUCUACUCAGCCUUCCGGCGCCUUCCUCCGGACGGCCGCCAUUUGCAUGUGACCCCCAAAAUGGGGUGACGAGGAACCUGAGGUUCUGUGAGGCCAACCUGCCUGUCGAUGUGAGGGUGAGGGACUUGAUUGGAAGGCUUACUUUGCAGGAGAAGAUUAGGCUGCUUGUCAACAAUGCCGCCGCCAUCCCAAGGCUGGGUAUUCAGGGGUACGAAUGGUGGUCGGAGGCGCUUCAUGGUGUGUCUAAUGUGGGUCCCGGCACUAAGUUCGGCGGCGCCUUCCCCGGUGCCACUAGCUUCCCUCAGGUCAUCACCACUGCCGCUUCCUUCAAUCAGUCACUUUGGGAACAAAUAGGAAAGGUGGUAUCUGAUGAAGCUAGAGCAAUGUACAAUGAAGGAACCGCCGGUUUGACAUACUGGAGCCCUAAUGUUAACAUAUUCCGUGACCCUCGUUGGGGCCGAGGUCAAGAGACCCCUGGCGAGGACCCUGUUCUUGCAGGAAAAUAUGCUGCCGCCUAUGUCAGGGGCCUCCAAGGUGCCAGUGGAAACCGCCUAAAGGUUGCUGCCUGUUGCAAGCAUUAUGUUGCUUAUGAUCUCGAUAAUUGGAAAGGUGUCGAUCGCUACCAUUUCAAUGCUAGGGUUAGCAAGCAGGAUUUGGAGGACACAUAUAAUGUGCCUUUCAAAGCAUGUGUGGUGGAUGGGGGUGUUGCGAGUGUGAUGUGCUCAUACAAUCAAGUGAAUGGAAAGCCCACCUGUGCUGACCCUGACCUUCUUAAGGGCACUAUCAGGGGACAGUGGCGGCUUAAUGGGUAUAUUGUGUCUGAUUGUGAUUCAGUUGGAGUACUAUAUGAAAGCCAACAUUAUACUGCCACUCCAGAAGAAGCAGCUGCAGCAACAAUUAAAGCAGGUUUGGAUUUGAAUUGUGGGCCCUUUUUGGCGGUCCAUACCGAGGAGGCAGUGAGAGGAGGCCUGCUGGUUCAGGCUGAUGUUGAUGUGGCCCUAGCCAAUACCAUAACAGUCCAAAUGAGAUUGGGAAUGUUCGAUGGUGAGCCAUCUGCCCAACAAUUCGGCAACUUGGGCCCAACAGACGUGUGCACUUCAGCCCACCAGCAACUAGCCCUUGAGGCAGCCAGACAAGGCAUAGUCCUGCUCAAAAACUCUGGGCGGUCCCUGCCAUUGUCCACAAAACGACACCGUACCGUCGCUGUUAUUGGGCCUAACUCUGAUGUCACUGUGACCAUGAUAGGAAACUAUGCAGGAGUUGCAUGUGGUUACACAACUCCACUACAAGGAAUUUCAAGAUAUGCAAGGACAGUUCACCAGGCCGGAUGCUUGAACGUCGCGUGUAACGGCAACCAGCAGUUCGGAGCAGCCGAGGCGGCCUCGCGCCAGGCUGAUGCCACGGUUCUUGUCAUGGGACUUGAUCAAUCCAUUGAAGCAGAGUUCACGGACAGGGUAGGAGUGCUCUUGCCUGGAUACCAACAAGAACUUGUGACAAGAGUGGCUAAGGCCUCUAGAGGCCCGGUGGUGUUGGUCCUAAUGUGCGGUGGCCCUGUUGAUGUGUCUUUCGCUAAGAAUGACCCUCGCAUUGGUGCUAUUAUUUGGGCCGGAUAUCCUGGUCAAGCUGGAGGAGCUGCUAUUGCAGAUGUUGUAUUCGGAACCCAUAAUCCAGGAGGAAAAUUGCCAAUGACAUGGUAUCCUCAAGAUUAUGUAGCCAAGGUGCCCAUGACAAACAUGGGCAUGAGGCCUUCAGGAGGGUACCCUGGCAGGACCUACCGUUUUUACAAGGGCCCUGUUGUAUUUCCCUUUGGUCAUGGCAUAAGCUACACGACAUUCACACAUUCUUUAGCCCAAGCUCCCACAGAACUCACAAUCCCCCUCGGAAUCAGCUUCUCCACCUCUGGUAACUCAACUUUCUCGAGCUCCGCUGUGAGAGUCAAGCAUACAAAUUGCGAAGUUCUGGCCUUAGGCCUUCACGUCGACGUCAAGAAUACGGGUGAUGUUGAUGGAACUCAGACACUUCUAGUAUUUUCCAGCCCACCAAGUGGAAAAUGGUCCCUGAACAAGCAAUUGAUAGGAUUCGAGAAAAUUCAUGUUGUUGCUAGAUCUCAACAGCGUGUCAAGAUCGAUGUUGAUGUUUGCAAACACCUUAGCGUCGUGGAUAAGUUUGGAAUUCGAAGAAUUCCUAUGGGUGCACAUAACAUACACAUUGGAGACCUCAAGCAUUCUAUCUUCCUCCAAGCAACUUUGGAGGGUAUCAAGUCUUAAUCCAUUAUUACAGGAAAAUUAAAUCCACAGAAAUGAGCGAAUUACACAUAGCUUGUGUUUCUCUAUGAAAUCUAGAGAAAAGCUCAGAUAUUAGGAUUUGGCUCACUUCUACCAAAAGGAGAAGUGGGCAAAUAUUGAAUUGUUGUAAGGUUCUUACAUUAUUUUUAAGAAAUGCAAGGAAAUGAAGCUAUUCUGUUUUG